AUGGCAAUGGUGCCACCACUCACGUCGGCCACCGUAGUGUGUCGCGCGCAGCCUCCACUCGCUCCGCUCAAGCACGUGGCAGCCGCCGUGAGCAGCUUCCUGGACUAUUCGGCGCGCUGGAGCAUUGCGUCGGCUUGUGCGCGAGGUGCCGCAUCGCCUGACGGCGACGGAGUGUCGCUGCGUCUGUUAGAACGCAUUGCAGUGCACCGCGCAGCCGCUGCUGCCUGCAAUUCACUCGCAUCCAGGCGACAGCGCGACGGUUUUUACCGCCAAUGGGAAUUCACACGCGCCGCGUCGGCGGCCGCAGCAAGAGGCGACGUACAGGCGCUCAAGUGGCUCGUCGACAUGUUCCCAGGCUGUCGAGUCACCGUCGCAGUGGAGGAAGCAGCCAAGCACGGCCAGCUACAAAUACUCGAGUGGCUAUUGCACAAGAGCCGUAGACGAGAGCUCACGGUGUUCUGGGGAGCGAGAGAACUCUUUUUCGCCGGUAAACAUGGCCACCUGCACGUCGCUCAAUGGCUACAUGAACACACCGCGCCACCACCUACGCACAUGUUCUUUGUGACUCUGGAGGAGGCGGCAAGGAACGGAGACUUGGAAAUGGUCCGGUGGUUGUGUGAGGUGAGAGGAGAAUGGUCCCCCUAUGCGGCGGUGCUGGCAGCAGGUCGUGGACACUUGGAAGUGCUCGAAUGGCUACGCACCAACUUGUUCAGCUCGAGUUCGUCGUCUAUUUCAAUGGAUGACGCGGCAGCAGGAGGGCAUUUAGACGUGUUGCAAUGGCUACAGAACCACUCGGGCUAUGCCACUCAAGGGGCGAUGAAUAAGGCGGCAGCGAGUGGCCAUCUCAAUGUAGUGCAGUGGUUGCAUGAGUAUCGACGAGAGGGAUGCACCAGUGACGCUAUGAACCUCGCAGCGACAGCAGGACACUUGGAGGUUGUGCAAUGGCUACAUUUUCAUCGGCUAGAAGGCUGUACAAUUGACGCUAUGGAUGGAGCGGCCAAACACGGUCACUUGGAUAUUGUGCACUGGCUUCAUGCAAAUAGGACAGAAGGGUGUACUGAGCGUGCGAUUGACGGAGCUGCUGCAAAUGGUUAUCUGAAUGUAGUGCAAUGGCUACACAGCAAUAGAAUCGAAGGAUGCACCACUGCAGCGAUGGAUGGAGCAGCUCGAUCCAAUCACCUGGACGUAGUACAGUGGCUGAGUGAGAAUCGGACCGAGGGCUGCACGACUGCAGCAAUGAAUUUGGCAGCGAAGAACGGUCACUUGGCAGUCGUGAAGUGGCUACAUGAACACCGUGCUGAGGGCUGCUCGACCGACGCCAUGGACCUUGCAGCGGCUAACGGACAUUUGGAGAUUCUAAAGUAUCUUGACACGCGCAGAACUGAAGGAUGUACCGCUAGUGCAAUGGAUAACGCCGCCGCUGGAGGACAUCUCGACGUUGUGCGAUGGCUACAUGAGCUCCGCAAAGAAGGUUGCACAACUGCAGCUAUGGACAACGCGGCUUCAGGUGGCCAUCUUGAUGUGGUGAGAUGGCUACAUGAAAAUCGAAAGGAAGGUUGCACCUUUGCGGCAAUCGAUCGUGCAACAAGUGGCGGUCAUUUCGACGUCGUUUACUUCCUUCAUUGCGAACGCAUGGAGGGAUGCUCUGCGAAGGCUUUCGUCAAUGCCACAGCAGCAGGAGAACUGGAGAUUCUCAUGUGGCUCUUUGCCAACUACCGGCACCAACUCGGACGUGACCGCCUUCGAAUUUACGCGCUCGGCAAGUUUUACAUUCUUCACUGGUUAAAAGCGGAGGCUGGAGCGAGUGAACGUGAGGCUUUCAUGGGCGAGGUAAACCCACUUGCGCAAGUUUUAGGAAAAAAAAAACUUGUGUAA